AUGGCGCAAGCGCUAUCAGGCUUGGCGCAAGAAUGCUGUUUUCUCCCAAGCACACUCCUGCUCCAUCCCUCUCAUCUCUCUCCAGCAAGACAUCUCAAAAGCCCGCCCACAUCCCUCUACUCAUCCCUCCCCACCCCCACCGCCCCACAGCUGUACUCGCACACGUGGGAGCGGCUGCCAGGGCAGGUGGUUGGGGCAGGGGGCGGAGCAGCAGGGUGGAACCGCCCAGCGUACUGCGUGGAGAACCUUGUUGCUCUCAUCACCCAGGCACAUGCAGUGCAGCAGGCGGGGUGGCAGGUGUCGUGGGGCUGGUGUGGGGCCAUCCGUUGCUUCCUCUUUGUCUUCCCAGACCACAACAGGAUCAUACUGGAGGCACCAGAGUACGGCAAGGCCACCUAUUUCUUUGAGCUGGAGGCGGGGGUGGCGGUGCGCUGGCAGCUGCAGCGCCUGCUCGCUGUCUUUGGCGCCGCCUCGGUCUCGCGCAUCGACGUCAUCACCAACCUGCCUCUCGAGCCCUCCCUUAGUGCCUCCCCAGUUCCAACCUUCCUUCAGCUCCUCCAUCCCUCAUCUGCUGCCGUGCAGGUGGGAGUGGAUCUAUCGGAGGAGGAGGCGGGGCGGUUGGAGCGGUACGGAUGGGUGCGGGGCACGGGCAUCGGCGAGCUGCUAAACUUCUGCGACCGCCUCCGCCACGACUACUCCCUCACAGGCGCCCACAUUGGUGGGGGGCAACAGAGCGCGGAGGCGGGGCGAGAGGUGGUGGAGAGAGAAGAGGCGUGCCACCCUGUGCUGGCUGCAGCAGAGGAGGCAGAGAGGGAGAGGGAGAGGAGGGAGAGGGAGGAGAGGGAGAAGAGAGAGCAGGAGGAGAGGAGAGGAGGGGAUGAGGAGUUGGGGGGUAGAGGAGAGUGUGCAGGGGAGAGUGAGGAGCAGGCAGAGCUGGAAAGACAGUUACAGCAAUACGAGCAGAGACAGCAGCAGAAAGCAAAGGCAGAAGAAGUUGGGAAAGAAACAGACAGGAAAGACGGAGGCUCUGAACAACUAAAUCCGCAGCAUGAGCCUGAUUCCGAACCUACCAGGCUCGAUUCCGCCGAGCCUGCGAGCGGGGUGGAGGCAGCCCGAUGGGUGGCGAGCAUAGAGGAGUGGAAGAGGCGCAUUGCGCUGCGGCUGAGGGAGGGGCGGCAGCAGGGCCGGUGCUCCCGCCUGCACCGCUACUGCCAGCAGCGAGCCUCACAGCACUCGCAUGCUCUGAAGAGUGGUCUGCAGAAUGUUCUGCAGGCUGAUGGGUUUGGGGGUUUUGAGGCGAGCAGACAGCCCGUUGUUGCUGCUGUUCUGAAGUCUCCUGAAAGUGCUGUGCUUCGCGGAGUCACUCAAACGGCUGCCACGUCGCAGCAGAUUGACUGUGAGCGUGAGAAGCAUCAGCAGCAGCAGGGUGCAGUGAAAGAGGAGGAUUAUGAUGACGACCUUCCCUUGCAGGCCCUUGUGCGGCAGCACCAGCAGAAAAAGACAAGGCGCGAGCAGACGCAGCAGCAAGGGCAGACGAAGGUGGAGGCAAGGCAGGAGGGGAAAGAACAACAAUGUGAUGCUGCAGGCAACAAUACCGGAAGCAGGGGUGCAGUGGGGAGCACAGGAGGUGCCUGUAAGCAUCAAGGACUGCUGUUGCAGAGGCCGAGUGAGAGUGCAGCAGUUGGUGCUACAGUGACGCCUGCACUUGGUGCUACAGCAACCCCCGUAAAUGAUGCUACAGCGGCGGCCGCAGGGGAUGCUACAGGUGCGGGACAGACAGUGCUGAUAGGAAGCACACUGGACAGCGGGACAGACAGUGCUGCAGGUGCAGGCUACAAAAGCAAUGACUUGUGCCAGAAAACGGAAGGAAGUGCGGGCAACAAGGCCGUUGAGGAGGCUCAUGUGGAGGCACAGGGGCUGCUUGUAGCGGGGAUGGAGGCAUGGGAAGGGUUGGAUGCAAAGGGCCCUCUGGACGAGUGGGUGGAGGAGGAGGGAAUGAUGGGUGGAGAGGUGGAGAUGGCAGGUGAUGGCGAAAUGGGAGAGGGCGGUGAAGCGAUGGAGGGGUUGGUGAUGCAGACUGGGAUGUGCAUGGCAGCAAAUGUCGUGGUUUGA